UCGAGUAAAAUAUUAAGGAAAGAAAGCGAAAAAUUAUUAGUUUUAAAAACUUUUUAAAAAAUAAUAAAAAAAAAAUAAUUAAUUAAAAAAAAAUUAACAAAAAAAAUAAAAGAGAAAAAAUUGAGAGAAUAAAAAAAUAUAAAAAUUGAACAUAUAUAAAAUAAAAAAAAACUCUUUCUCAUCCGACUUCGUACAAGAUUAUAUAUAUUUUAAUUGAAUAUACAAGAAAUGUGUAAAUAAAAAUAAUUUCAUCUUGUCUCUUCAUCGAGAAUUUCAUUUGUUGGUGCAGUCUUGAUUGAAUUGUUGUCGGAAACGGUCGAGCUCUGAGAAAAUAUUUUUAAUAAUUUUUUUUUUUAAGAAUACUGCCACACCGGUUUCGAAUUAAAAAAAAAAUAAAAAAAAAUCAAAUAAGAAAAAAAUUUAAUAAAUAAAAAAAAAUACAAGAAAAAUAAUAAAAGUGACCAGACAAGCAUUUUAAUAAAAUACACGUACAGAAAAAAAUUCACUAGAACUGAAAUCAAAAUAUUUCGUAUUUUUUUUCGUUCUAUAUAUGUGCGAACUUCAUCGAUAAUUUUGCUGACAUCAAACAAUUCAUUGACGACAAAAAAAUUUCGCAAAAAAUUUUAUUUUUCGGAACAAAAUUUUUGCAGUGUCCAAAAAAUUGUGAAUUAGAGAAAAAAACCGCGCGAGAACUUUUAUUCAUAAAUUCGUGAAUUAUCAUCAUCUAAUAAAAAUUUGUGUGGAAUCUAUACAUCAAAUAUAUAUGUUUGUACUACACGUACACUACUUCCCAUAACAAUAAGAAUAAAUAAUAAAAAAAAAGUUUACGAAGACACAUGUGGUUUUUUUUUUUUGAAUAAUAAUCAGUUUUUGGUGUAUUUAAAAUAUAAAUAUACAUGUGGAUGUGCUGUCGUACCUCUCUAUAUAAAUAUAUGAUAUGCAGAAAAAAAAUAUAACAUAUACGGACUAUUUUGCUUAAUUUAGUGAAUUUUAUAAAUAUACCUAUAUCACACACUGAAGCGACUGCUGCUGCUGCAUACAAGUCAACAAGUAGUGUCAAAAAAAAAAAAUUUAUAAAAAAAAAAAAUAAAAUAAAGAGGAAAGACGACGAAACAAUACCAGCUCAAUAAAAUUAAUAAUAUCAACAGAGCACAUUAUCACCGGCUUUUUAUAUGUUCAUUGUGUAUUUGUACAACAACAACAAAAAAUAUAUAAUUGGAGUCGAUGCUUUUAUGUUUUGAUACAGGCAUAAGAAGCGAGUAAAGCGAAAAAAAAUAACAAGACGACCAAUAAUAUAAAUAAUAAAUAAAUAAAUUGGUGCAGUAGUUGAUGUCGCAUCGAUAACGCAGAAAAAAAUAAAUAAAUAAAAAAUAUUAUUAUUACUAAUAUAACGACGAAUAUUGAGAUAUAUAUAAAAAAUUGGAUUUACGAGAUUUAUUCCCAGCAACAGUAGAGAGAAAUAUCCUAGUUUGGAGUAAAAUAUUUACAAGAUAAUUUUGCAGCCAAGAAAGAGUUAACAAAGAAAGUGCCGUUCAAUGUGACAAUCUCAAGUGCAAUAAUAACAAAAAAAGUGUCUUUUCUAAAUAAAUGAUUUGAUAAUUAAGAAAUCAAAUAAAUAAAAAUAUUCACUGCCAUAAAUGUAAAAGAUAAACAAAAUAUUUUUUAAAAAAAUAAUAAAUAGAUAAAUUGUCUCAAUAUGACGACUCGCUGGUGCAAAAAAGCUCCACGCAUAGCAUUUAUAGUAUUUAUUAUCGUAUCACUAAUAAUAGGUACAUCGAUAUUAGUUGCAUUAGUGAAUGGUGCAUUUUCGAGGAGUGACAGUGAAAAUAAUUUCAAAACACCACCAAAUAGUAGUUUGUUAGGCAGUAGUACGUUAGAAUUAAAUUAUGUUACGACCACAGCAGCUACGGUGACAUCGAACGAUAAAAGUACCGAUACUCAUCGAAAUGCAUUAAACAAUGUGAGAAAGACGCCGCCGUCGCCGUCAAUAUCGUCAUCCGAUGCCACAAACAAUAGAAAAUUCAGUCUUGAUGAUGAUUUAUUAGUGCAGGAUCCAAAUGGAUUAAACAACGUCGAAUACAUCAAGUUGAAAAAGGUUCUGUUGCAACCGCACGACACCGAUGUCGUACAGUACGAACCAACAAACAUAGAUUCGAGUGAACUAGAGACAGAUAACUCGAAACGAGACGACGUUACAGGCCAUUUUAGACAUAAGACAACAGAAAUUUGGGAUCCACAUCCUCAGUACGAGCUUGAGGCAUUUGGAAACAAAUUACAUCUUAAUCUGUAUCACGAUGACAAACAUGUUCGUCCGGAUUUGACGGUUACCCACGUGUGGGAAAACCAGACGCUGCGACGAAAGCAAGAUCAUCAAGAUCACGAUCAGCUAAGGAAUUGCUUCUACAAGGGUCAUGUUGCAGGUGAUGACAACUCAGCUGUCGCUGUUUCAUUGUGUGGCGGAAUGAAAGGAACCAUUAAAUCAUCACAUGGAGUCUUCACUAUUCGUCCGCUUGAAGAAUAUACCAAUAAAAAGGUCAAUAUUUUGCAUGCGAUUCAUCGUCUUCCUUCUAGAAGUAAGUCAAAUAGUGCCAUAGAUGGUGAAGAAACUUUGCCGUGCGAUCUUGAAGCAAUUUUAGAUUCCGAUUUGUACAAUGAAACCCAAAGUGGCCAUACUACAACCACCGAUUCCCCAACUAUGAUGGAUGAUGUCAUAGAAGCACAUUCGCGCAACAAACGGAGCGCAUCUACAUUAGGAAAACCAAUUAAUCAUGAAUAUACCAUUGAAGUAUUAGUAGCUGUAGAUAAGAAAAUGCAAGAGCAGCAUGGUGAAAAUUUAAAAGAAUAUGUAUUGACUUUAAUGUCCACUGUUUCAAGUAUUUACGCUGACGAAAGUAUUGGUAACAUAAUCCAUGUCGCCGUAGUGCACAUUGUUAACUUAAAUGACGAUCUAGUAGUGAGACACAGUUUUUCAGAGGGAAGAGGCGUCUCUGCGUCUGCAAUGCUAGUUGACUUUUGUAGACUAAAGGAAAAGUAUAGUUUUCGACAUGACACAGCAAUACUGUUAACGCGUGAACAAAUUUGUCGCUCUCCAAACCAAACGAAAUGUGAUACUCUAGGAUUAGCUGAAUUAGGUACAAUGUGCAAGCCCAAGUCGUGUGCCAUCAUACAAGAUAACGGAUUGUCAGCUGCUUUUACCAUCGCCCACGAACUGGGACAUGUUCUCAACAUGCCGCACGACGAUGACCCGCGAUGCCAACGCGAAACAGGCGAAGACCGACGCGACUCACAAAGUAAGCAACACAUCAUGUCACGUAUGCUGGACCAAAAUACGAAUCCAUGGUCAUGGUCAAAGUGUUCGCGGCGCUUCGUUACCGAGUACCUCGAGCAAAAUAACGCUCUUUGUUUGGAAAAUAAGCCUGAUCACAAUAACUUACUGACACCUGAGAACAACUUUUUAGCUGGCGAAAAGUUCACGGACAACCAACAAUGCGAACUUUCCCUCGGAGCUGGUUCUAAAAUUUGUAGCUACAUGAAGAACGACAUUUGCAAGAAGCUCUGGUGUACGCAUGGCGAUCUUUCGGAGACAGAAGCUGGUUGUGCGACACAUCACAUGCCCUGGGCCGAUGGCACGGAAUGCGGCGAAGGCAAAUGGUGUCAACGCGGCGAAUGCAUUGCGAAAGAUCGUCAAGCGCGUCCCGUCGAUGGCGGAUGGGGUCCAUGGUCUGCAUGGACCGAAUGUUCGCUCACGUGUGGCGGCGGCAUUCAGUUCAGUACACGCGAAUGCGAUAAUCCGAAACCCUCGAAUGGCGGCGAGUUUUGUCAUGGCUCACGAACGCAAUAUCGAUCGUGUAACACGGAAGAAUGCCCGCCAGGCGAACUGGGAAUUCGCGAGAAGCAAUGUGCGAGUUUUGACGGGAGAAAUCACGGACAUGACGAAUUCAAAAAGCCCAAAUGGGUGCCAAAAUACGGAAUUGUCGAUUAUAAUCGCGAUGGCAGGGAUCAGUGUAAGCUCUAUUGUCAAAUUGUGAAUUCGCAUUAUUAUUUCGAUCUGGCGCCGAGAGUUAUUGAUGGAACGCCUUGUACGCAUGAUGGAUUCGAUAAGUGCGUUAGAGGGCAAUGUAUGCAAACGGGAUGCGAUUAUGUCAUUGGAUCGGGAAAAACGUUGGAUCGGUGUGGAGUUUGUGGCGGAAAUAACGAUACUUGUAAGGAUGUUCGGGUUGGUGUGAGAUAUGAUGAAUUGUAUAAAUAUCAACAUGGAAGACAUUAUUACAAUAUUACGACAAUUCCUCAAGGAGCCGCUAAUAUUGUUAUUACGCAGCCAGGAUGCAAUGCUGAUGGAUUACACAUUUCACUCAGCGACAACAAAGGCAAACAAUUCAUCAAUGCAAUCAACGGUCCUUCUUCUCUGCAACAACAUCGUAAAAAAUUCACAUAUGCCGGCGUCACCUUCGAUUACAGCGGCUUAAGUUCCUCCUACGAAGAAAUCCGUUCAACUUCCUUCCGCAAAUUGCAACUUCCCCUCGUUCUCGGGAUCCUGAAUCUCCAAACGAGUUAUCGAAAGUGCGACAACCAUCAUCCUCACAUCCUCACGUAUUCCUAUUCCAUCUCGGAUCGCGACUUUUCCCGCCAUCGCAGCAUGGAACAAUCCCAAUCGCAGCAACAACGCAACGAAAACCAACAAAAUUCGCAUCCGCAGCCUCAGCAACCGCCGCAACAACAAAUCCCUCAUUACACCUGGAAAAUGUCAAAUUGGAGUCAAUGCGAUCAACUUUGCAACGGACGUCAAAAUCGCACCGCCAACUGCUACGAUUUCAAUUCCGCCAUGAUGGUGCCGAAUCAUUUGGCGGCAAAAUAUUGCACGCGAACCGCCAAACCGUCGACCGAGUACAAAUAUUGCAACAAAGAUUGCGUUCUGGAGUGGGACACGAACAAAUCCGAGUGUUCCGAGGCCUGUGGCGAGGGAUGGCGUCAAGUUCAAGCGACUUGCGUGCGAAAAGACAUCAACACGAACCUUUAUUCGAAAGUCGAUCAUUCGUACUGUCGUCAGGACACAAAACCACCAAUUCGGGAAAAGUGUCAGGGCGAUUGCAAGGACGUCACGUGGGGUUACGGCGAAUGGGGACCUUGCUCGGUGACGUGCGGCGAAGGAACGCAACAACGAGAAACUUCUUGCUUGGAAUAUGCCGGCGGGAAAAUCAUCGAGGACAAAUAUUGUCAAGGACUGGCGAAGCAAGAAACGGUGAGGAGUUGCAAUGCCGGCGCUUGUGCCAAAUGGGUGCAUGCUGAUGCGGGACAAUGUUCGGUAACAUGUGGCGAAGGAAAGAGAGUCAUCAGAAUUCAAUGCCAGAUGAACAAUAAGACGGUCGAUUCGAAACUUUGUAGCGAAUAUCCGAGACCAGUUGUUAGUAUUGUGGAUUGUGUUAUGCCUCCAUGCGAAAAUAAGGUCGAAAUGUACGAAGAUCUCCAAGUAACCACUCCGCGUCACUUUACUUACACAGUAUUACAACCACGAAAAAACCCAAAUACGUAUCAUCCAACGAUGUCCAACGAAAUCGACGACAUUCGAUAUGAAUGGCGAACCGGAUCAUGGGGAGACUGCAGUGUGGCUUGCGAAGGCGGACAAAAAGCUCGUAUCGUCAAAUGCCAACUUCGAAGCUCCUUGAAGACUGAAUACGUGGAUGACAGCAAAUGUGAUCAAGAUUUGAAGCCGGUCAGUGUUGCGACUUGCAAUAAUUGGAGGUGCCCCAUUUGGACUUAUGGAAGAUGGUCCGAGUGCAACGAUCGAUGCAAAAAGGAACGAACCGUUGUGUGUGAAGAUCAUCGCGGUAGAUACGUGGAUGGAUGUCCUUUGCACUUGAAGCCCCCAAGUGAGGAGAAUUGUUGUCACAUCAAAUGGCGAAGCACGUGGACCGGUUGUUCAAGUACAUGUGGCGAUGGUGUUCGUAAGCGCGAGAUAGUUUGCAUGAAAAUAUUCAAACGGAGCGAAUCGAAUCCCUUUCCGCGACGCACUGCCGUCACAAUCGACUCCAGCUACUGCCGGCACAUGCAAAAACCGAAGCCGCAAAUUAUGGAGCGCCCGUGCCGCAAUAAGAGCAAUUGCAAGUUCCGCUGGAAGGUGGGGCAUUGGGCAAAGUGUAGUGCUGGCUGCGGCAGUGGCUACACAAAACGUUCGGUCUAUUGUACGAAUGGUACAGUAACGGCACCAGAAUGUGAUCCCAAGAUGAAACCCAUGAAUUCGCGCAAAUGCGAGAGCAGGAGUCACUGCUGGUGGCGCACGACCAAAUGGAGAAAUUGCACUUGCAAUGGUUACACAAAGCGUCGUGUCAUGUGCAUGGACUCUCUCACGAAUACUCCGUCGAAUAAUUGCCCCGAGGAAGAACAGCCGAUCACGAAAAAUCGUUGUAACCCACCGCCAAAUUGCUCCUGCAAGCUGAUGCAAAUGAAACGUGGCAUCCGGGAAGAUGGCGAGCAAUUGUUGAACGUCAGAGGACGGCAAGUCAGUAUUUAUUGCUCGAAUAUGUCUUCGGUUGAGCCACGGGAGUAUCUUACUUUACGAGCAGGAUCAAAGGAAAAUUACUCAAUCUACUACAGUAAACGUGCCCGCGACAGUAGUCGAUGCGGCGAUCGCUACAAUGAAGUCGACGAUGCUCGCAUGGUUGGCAUUUUCGGCACUACCCGUUUCGAGCGCAUCCGCAUCGACAUUCACACACUCAAAGUAAUCGAAGAUGAUUUCACGUACGCCACGAGUUACGGCAAAAAUCAGAAUUUUGGAACGGCGGGAGAUUGCUAUGGCACCACAGAGGACUGCCCACAAGGAGACUUUUCAAUAAAUUUGACAGGAACGAAAUUUAGGAUACGACCGAAGACCACGUGGGAAGUCACGGGACAUCAUUCCUCGAUUCAAUACGUCAUCAGAAACCAAACGGGCUAUCAAACAGUCCGUGCGCGAUGCGGCGGAAAUUGCGGCAGUUGUGCACCUUCGAGGACGACAGGAUUAUACUUGGAAGUUGUUACAUAGACGAAAAAUCACCGCAAAUCCACAUUAGGAAUUAGGAAUAUUUAGCAGCAUCACUCAGUGUAAAGAAAAAAAAUCAAACAAGAGUCGAUCUCCUGUCUCCAAAACUAUUUUUUGUACCAACGACGUCACCGAUUAAUAUUUUUGGACAGAAAAAAGUCAAUUCAAGUCAAUGAAUUAUAAAUACUGUAUUUUUUUUGUUUUUAAACUCCUUUGUAUUAAUAUUUUGUAGGAAAAAAAAAACAAAAAAAAAAUAAAACUUAAUAAUAAAGUUCCCUGUUCUGUUUUCGAGAGCAGGAUGUAAUUUUUCUUAUUAAACGUAAAUAAUUGCUAAUUGUACAACUAAUCUCAGAAUAAAAAAAGAAGAAAUAUUUAAUCGAUUAAUGGUAGCUUUUUAAGAAAACUGCAAGAAGUAUUUUAAAGAUAAAUUCGCGAAAGUUUUAGAAAUUAAGAGCCUCCAUUAUUAAAUUUAAUGAAAAAAAUUAUUUAUUUGACUCCCGUAAUAAAUGUCUACACUUAGCUGAUAAGGUCAGAAAAUAUACUCAAAACUUGUACAGAAACUUUUACGAUGAAAAAGAACGAUUGGCUGAGCUGUGCGAGCAGUUAAAUUAUUUUUUUAAAUAAAAAAAUUAAAUUAAAAAAAAAAAU